CGACGCACCGGGUGUUAGUUGUGUUCUCUUUUAUAAUUUUUUGAGCCAUGGUAUCUUCACUACUAAAGAUGGUAGAAGAAUGCAUCCCUAUUGAGAAAUUGACGCUGGAAUCCAAGAACAGUGCGAUUACAGCACGGGUGUCGCGCCUGUGGGAUUCUUACAUAUUUCACGAUGAAAAAGACCUACUAAGUACAGAUAUGGUGCUCAUUGAUAAACAGGGCUCAUAUAUCCAUGCCUCCAUCAAGGGGAGUAUUUCGCAUUUGUUCAAAAAACAUAUUGCUGAAGGAAGUGUUUACUAUAUUAAGAAUUUCAAUGUUGUUCCCAAUAAGGCCCAGUAUCGUGUUGUUGGAGACAACAAGCUCAUGAUUCAACUUUAUCCAACUACAGUCGUUAGAUCUCUUUCAGAGGACUCCCUGGGAAUACCAACAUUUGCAAUACCGAAUCAUCGGUUUGAUUUACUUGAUUUUGAUAAGGUGGAGUCUAGAAUGGGAGAAACAUACAUUUUAACUGAUGUGGUGGGCCAAGUAUGUUGCGAGGGAGAGGUUAUAAAUAAGAAUAGCCGUGGAAACAGCGUUCCUUCCUUGAUGCUUGAAUUACAUGAUCUAAGAGCUGAAAAAGUGCGGGUUACACUAUGGGGUGAGAGUGUUGAUAACUACAUGAGACAAAAAUCAAUGCUUGAAAAUGGAAUCAUUGUUGGAUUUUUCACGUCAACCUUGGUCAAGCGAUACAUGAACAAUACUGUUUUGUCAUCAACUUCAGCUACAAAGAUUUAUUUAGACCUUGACAUUGAUGAGGUUAUUGCCUUAAAAAAGAAGAGCAGAUUUCGAAUUGAAUUAGCAGUCAAGGAUGCCACAGAUUGUACGAAGUUCAUUGUGUUUGAUGAUGUUGCUGAGAAGAUGAUAGGACAAUCUGCUCCUAGCAUAUAUGAUAUGCAAGAGAAACUGGAGGAGAAUAAAGAUUCGGUGGGCGAAGUACCUGCUAUUAUUGCAAACCUUAUUGGGCAACGAUUGGUUUUCCGUGUCAAGCUAACCGAAUACAACAGGACUGCAUAUAGACAGAGUUUCACAGCAAAUAAGUCUUUACGAAACAAAGCCUAUACUGGACCAGAAACUGUGCUUGGUGCUGAAAGGAAUGCUGCUAUUUUGACACCAAAAGCUGGUGCAAAGGAUCCAUGUGCAAUUCCUUUAAAAUGUCACAUAUCUGUUGCACUUCAGUCUACUGCAGGGAUGCUUGCAUCUUUGGUUUGCAAGAUGAAUGUACUGCCUCUAUUCUCCAACACAGGUGUUCUUCAUGAGUACCUAAAUGGGAAGGCUGAACUCAAUCCAUUGACAUCGAUCAAUUUGGCAAUGGAAAUUACUAGGGGCAAUCAACAGGUUGGUGCCGCGUUUGUUGACGCCUCCACUGUUAUGGAGACAAGAAUGAUCAGUGGAAUUAAUGACAACAUAAAGGAAUGGACAUGUAAGGUCAUAGUUGUGGAGAAACGCAACAUCAAAGACUCAAGGGCGAGCCCUAACAAGUACAGGCCUUUUAUAUUGCAGGAUGAGGAGGGUACCAAGGUUCUUGCUCUUGCAAACAGUGGUGACAUUCAACAAAUUGAUAAAAUACUCGACCUCAAAAACACGUACUACAUAAGCAAUGCUGCUGUCAUGCCUAACAAGAUGGAUGAAAGCUUGAAGCUUAUAAACAACUACAUUGAAACAAAGACAUAUAAAAAUUCCCUGAUAGCACUUGCUUACCCGCCUGGACGUGCGAAGGUCAAAAUUGGCGACAUUUCUAAAUCAAUUUCUCCGGGCAAAGGGGUAUGGGUUACAGCUGAUAUCAAAAUCCUUGACAAUGAGGGCAGCUACUAUAUUGGAUGUGAUUAUUGCAAUCGGAAAACCACAGCACCAGAAGGAGUUACUUUCACAUGUUUGGACUGUGGGAAUUUGUCUGCCAGGAGUGAGAAAAGGAUCAAAAUCCAAGUCCAAUUGAGUGAUGAGACUGGUGAAAUAGAGGCAACAAUGUUCGAUGAAGAUUUCAAGAGGUUGUUAUCUAUUUCCAACACCGUUCACCGCUCAGGAGCAAUAGACAUUAGCGAAAUUCAAACGAAGAUAAAUCGUAUCACAUUUGCUUGUGAAUUGAGGGUUGACAACAAAAAGUUUGAAGGGCCAAAUAGGAGGAAUUUCACAGUGAACGGGUUGUGUGAAGAUAUUGUAUUGCCUGAGCGCAUUAUGAGUGCCGAAAACAAAAGGGAAAGAAGUGGUGAAGGACUAACACGGAAACGGCUGAGAUUUGAUGAGAAUGAUGCAGAGCAUGAUGACAUUAUACAAGUCUCACAGGCGUCUACUUCUCAAGGCUACCACAUUACAGAUGGCUGCCCUCCGAGAAAUUUGCAGUUGUACUUCUAUGAUACUGAAACAAUCUCACAAGAAACCAUGGCCUACCAUGGAACAAGGCUGGACAAGGAAGUAAUAGAUGUAAUUCUCAGUACUCUUGCAGAAAACCCCUAUGCAAAAUUCUUCCACAAUUUGAGGGAUAUAAACACAGUAGAAGAAUUUAGCAUUAUUCUUAAAAAAAAUCCCACCCUUGACCAAAGAGUAUACAACAUGCCCACCGCAUCACAGGUUGCAGCCAUUUGGGUAGAAGACGAUGGGAAUGGGAUAAGUGAAAACAGGCACAUUCGAGUCUAUGCAAAAGGCGGCCAUUCACAAACCAUUCAAUAUUAUUAUGGAUGUUAUGACCCUCUUCAAUAUCCCCUACUGUUCCCCCAUGGUGAAACAGGUUGGCAUGAAGCCAUUGAGAAAAGAAACACAGGGCAAACACCAAUGACAAAUGAAGCUACUUCCCACAUAAAUAUUACAUCAAAUGCAAUUGGAAGUGCAACAGAUCUAAUAGAGGCAGAAGAAGAGCAGUUUACAGAAGGAAGACUACUACAACAAUUUGUAGUUGAUAUGUAUGUGAAAUUGGAAACACAACGCUUGGACUACUUCAGACAAAAGCAAACAAAGCAACGAACAUCUACACUAAAUGAUUUGGAACAAAGCAUAGAGAUGGGAAUACAGUUUGGAGCUGAUGUUGGAAAACGGAUUGUGCUACCAGUAACUUUCAUUGGUGGCCCACGAAAUAUGCGACGGAGGUACAUGGAUGCCAUGGCACUUGUGUUCAAGGAUGGGUUCCAUGGAGAUAGGAUUACUUGAACUGAAAAGAUUUGUAAAGUGGUCAAUGGCUAUCCCCUUGAUAGAUUCCAUAUCCUUAGUAGUCCUUCCUGCAUGAUCUUGAAUUGCUCUUAUCUUAGAUUUAGACCUCCUCCCUUUAAAACAUAGCCAUGAAAGAAUUUUGAGCUACAAUACCCUUCUGAAAUCCAUUUGAGAUUAGCCUUUUGCUUCCAGAAGCUCAAUUCAUUAUUAGUAGCAAGAAUAAGCUGAGCUCUGUAUU